AUGACCCCUUCAAAAGACAGUCCUCCCUCUACUGGAGCGCCGAAAAUAGCAAUCAAAGGAUUUUCCCUCUCGAAAUCCAAACCAGGGACCUCCAAACCAUCCCUCAUCACCAAACCUGUCGUCGCAAAACCCCCGAGUUCUCUAGGCAAACGCCCACGCUCAACAUUCCCCCAACACGAUGACAGCGACAACGAUUCUGAGAGCGAAAGGAGGGGUAAACAUGAAGUCGUAACGGGGUUCGGUGAAGAAGGCGCCAUAAAUCAGGUGGAGAAGGAGAAAGAAGGACCGCUUAUUAUUCCGAGUUUAAAGAAUUCGAAUCGGAGGGCGGCUGGUGCGAGUGCGAGAGGUGGAGGGAAGAAUCUACUGCCUGCUGAGGUGCAAGCAGAGGCGAGGGAGAGGGAGGCUAGGGAGAAAGGAGAAGGGGAAAUUAAGACAGAGGAGGGUGAGAAAGAGGAGACCAAGUGGGGAUUAAGUGUACGGAAGAAGGAAGCUGAAGAACCUGCUACUGGUGACAAAGUUGAUAUCAAGGCGGAGGAAACAAAGGUCAAAAUCGAAGAACUCGAAAUAAGACCAGUCGCCGCAGACGACGAAGCAUUACAAGCCCUUUUAGGCAACGAGAAGUCGCGAAAGGGUCCCGAUCUCAUCAUACCCGCGCACCUCUCUGAAGAAACAGCCUACGCGCAUGCCAUCGCCACCGCGCCACCCUCUUCCACCUUAGAAGACUACGAGCGCGUCCCUAUCGAAGAAUUUGGCGCCGCUCUUUUACGGGGCAUGGGCUGGGAUGGGGAAACGAAGAAGGAUGGGAAGGCCAAGGAUAUUAAGAGGAGGCAGAAUUUACUAGGGCUUGGGGCGAAGGAGUUGGAGGGUGCGGAGGAGUUGGGGGCGUGGGUGCAGAAGGCUGAUGUAAAGAGGCUGAAACCUGCUGGGAGUGGGAAGGGUAGGGGAAAUGGAGAGAGGAGACCGAGGGUUAGUGAGUACAAGAGGGAGGAAGAGCGGAAGCGGGAGAAGAGGGAGGAGAGGGGCGGGGGUAGUUAUAGGAGUGAACGGGAGAGGGAGAGGGGUGGAGGCAGGGAUAGGGACGGGUAUCGGGAUAGUGGGAGGGAUAGAGAGCGGGAGAGGGAUAGGGAUAGAAGGCGGCACUGA